AUGAGCCAACAAGAAGCCACAGCGACGGUGAGCGCAAGAAACGCGGAGGAGUUUGUUGUUUCUCUCCUCGAAGCCUCCGGGGUGUCGAAUAAGAACGCCAAAAUCGUUGCGCGGGGUCUUGUCCAGGCGGACCUUCGCGGAGUCGAGAGUCAUGGGAUCAACCGGAUGCCGUCUUACCUCUCGAGAAUCCGCAAUGGAGUGUUGGACCCCAAGGCCGACCCGACGUUGACCCAGGUCACGCCGGUUGUUGCACAGGUGGACGGCAACAAUGGUUUUGGCUUCCCAGCCGCACACCUUGCCAUGGAGACCGCAAUCACCAUGGCCCGGACGUUCGGCAUCGGCAUGGUCAGCGUCAAACAGAGCAACCACUUUGGCAUGUCCGCGUGGAUCGUGCGCCAGGCUGUCGAUGCUGGGAUGAUGAGUCUCGUCUUCACCAACUCCUCGCCUGCGCUUCCCGUCUGGGGAGGCAAGUCACAACUGAUGGGUGUUUCUCCCAUCGCGUGCGGAGCCCCCGGCGGCGAAGGAUCAAUCCCCUUCAUCCUGGACAUGGCGCCCUCCGUCGCAGCCCGCGGGAAGAUUUACAAGGCUCUGCGUCGUGGCGAAAAGAUCCCACAGGACUGGGCCUUGGAUGCGGGCGGGAAGCCAACUGACGACCCGGAAAAGGCCCUGAAAGGGGUCAUGUUGCCGAUGGGUGGCCCCAAGGGUUCCGCUUUGGCCAUCAUGAUGGAUGUAUUCUCAGGUGUGUUGUCGGGUUCGGCUUUUGCUGGUGGGGUCACUGGCCCGUACGAUAUGUCCAAAGCUGGAGAUGUGGGUCACUUCAUUGUUGCCAUCAAGCCAGAUCUGUUUAUGAGCUUGGAGGAGUUCCGCGGACGGAUGGAUGUGUUGUAUCAGCGUGUUGUUGGGUCGGAGAAGAUGGCUGGGGUGGAUAGAAUAUACUUCCCGGGUGAAUUGGAGCAAGUGCUGGAGGAAAAGAGGUUGAAGGAAGGCAUUCCGUUCGUCAAGGGCGAGGUCGAUGCCUUGAACGCUGAAGCGGAGAAGCUCGGGGUCCCCAAGAUGCAGCAAGGGAUCUGA